UAUACCGUAGUAAUGUUGCCAGGACAACAGGGACUCAGGAACAAGGAAGAAAGACGCGCAAUCUUUGGCUAGCUAGCAGCUAGCCAUAUUGUCUGGAGAAGAUUAGUAACAACUAUUUAGUUAAGUCAACAACCUGUGUUUUUUCCUAACAUCAUGGCGGCUGUGUUGGCUGUUCUCUGGGAGGAUAGAGAUGUUAUCUUCGAUAUAACCGCACAGCAAAUGAAAACUCGACCUGGCGAAGUCUUGAUAGACUGCCUAGAUUCAAUUGAAGAUACCAAAGGAAACAACGGGAUCGAGCUAACGACUACUUACUCCUUACUUUCAGGGAGGCUCCUGGUAACAAAUCUGAGGAUCAUCUGGCAUUCUUUGGCUCUGCCAAGAGUCAAUUUGUCAGUUGGAUACAAUUCUAUCAUUAACAUCACAACAAGGACAGCUAACUCUACUGAAGCACUGUAUAUCUCGACAAAGUCUAACAAUACAAGAUUUGAGUCGAUUUUCACCAAUGUGGUUCCGGGGAGUCAAAGACUAUUUACAUCUGUCAUUGCUGUUCACAGGGCAUAUGAGACCUCUAAAAUGUACCGUGACCUGAAGCUGAGAGGAGCUCUCAUUCAAAAUAAACAACUGAGGCUUUUGCCUCGAGAGGAAGUGUACGACAAAUUCAACGGGGUGUGGAAUUUAUUCAGUGACCAGGGUAAUCUAGGAUCCUUCUUCAUCACUAAUGUUCGGAUGGUUUGGCAUGCCAAUAUGAAUGAGAGCUUCAACAUCAGCAUUCCAUAUCUUCAAAUUAAACGGUCCAUCAUAAUAAGAGACUCAAAGUUUAGUCUGGCUUUGGUGAUAGAAAGCUUUCAUCAGAUAAUUACUGGAGGAUAUGUGCUUGGAUUUAAGAUCGACCCAAUGGAUAAGCUUCAAGAUGCAGUUAAAGAGAUCAACUCACUGUGCAAAGUGUACUCUGCCAACCCCAUCUUUGGAGUGGACUAUGAGAUGGAGGAAAAGAAAAGCCUAUAUUAUACUCCUCAGCCAAUGGAGGAGCUGACGGUGGACCAGCCCCCUGAUAAUGUGGAAAUUGAGCCCGAUGAGCAGACUGAUGCUUUCACUGCUUACUUUGCUGAUGGCAAUAAGCAACAAUACCGGGAACCUGUGUUUUCCGAGGAGCUGGGAAUUGCAGUUGAGAAGUUGGAGGGGUUCACACUUCAAGGACUGUGGGAAGUUAUGGGCGGAAGCAUGAAUGUUGAUAGGGUAGUUGUGAACAUAGUUCCUCAAAUCCACCCUUUCAAAUGACACAAUUGAUACACUACAGUUGUUUAUAACCAUUUGUAAAUCUA